UCCGGCCCCGAGCCCAGCGACAGGGUUGCCAUCGGUAUCACCUUCGGUAACUCCAACAGCUCCAUUGCCUACACGAUCGACGACAAGGCCGAGGUUAUCGCCAACGAGGAUGGAGACCGUCAGAUCCCCACCAUUCUGUCUUACGUCGAUGGAGAAGAGUACUACGGUGCUCAGGCCAAGGCUUUCCUCUCCAUCGACCCUACCCACUGCCAUGCCGCUGCCCACCCCGAGGACGACGCCGGCGGCGUAUCCUUCAAGGUGCAGGACAAGGCUGGCGAGGAGACCCCCUCGACCGUGACCACGUCAGAGGCUUCGACGCGCUUCCUGCGCCGCCUGGUGACGUCAGCCUCGGAGUACCUGGGCAAGAAGGUGACGUCGGCCGUGGUGACGGUGCCGACAAACUACUCGGACAAGCAGCGCGAGGCGCUCGUCAAGGCGGCCAAAGACGCCGACCUGGAGAUCCUGCAGCUCGUGUCGGACCCAGUGGCGGCCAUCCUAGCCUACGACGCGCGCCCCGAGGCCAAGGUCGAGGACAAGGUGGUGGUGGUGGCCGACCUGGGCGGCACGCGGUCCGACGUGGCCGUCGUGGCGUCGCGCGGCGGCAUGUACACGGUCCUGGCGACAUCGCACGACUACGACUUUGCCGGCGUGCACCUGGACAACGCGCUGAUCGAGUACUUCGCCAAGGAGUUCAUCAAGAGCCACAAGACGGACCCGCGCGACAACGCCCGCAGCCUGGCCAAGCUGCGCCUCGAGUCCGAGGCCACCAAGAAGGCCCUCAGCCUGGGCACGAACGCCCAGUUCAGCGUCGAGAGCCUGGCCGACGGCAUCGACUUUUCCAUGACGGUCAACAGGAUACGCUACGAGACGAUCGGCCGCAAGGUCUUUGAGGGCUUCAACCGCCUGGUCGAGGGCGUCAUCAAGAAGGCCGGUCUCGACGUCCUCGACGUCGACGAGGUCAUCAUGUGCGGAGGCACCUCGCACACCCCCCGCAUCGCCAACAACCUCCGCGGCAUCUUCCCCGAGACCACCACCAUCCUCGCCCCCGCCACCAGCACCUCGGCCAUCAACCCCUCGGAGCUGCAAGCCCGCGGCGCCGCCCUCCAAGCCUCCCUCAUCCAGGAGUACGAGUCCGCCGACAUCGAGCAGUCGACCCACGCCGCCGUCACCACCGUCAAGCACACGGCCAACGCCAUCGGCGUCGUCGUCUCCGACGGCUCCUCCGACGUCUUCGCCCCCGUCAUGGCCUCCGACACCGCCGUCCCCGCCCGCCGCACCGUCCACAUCCCCGCACCCGCCGACGGAGGCGACGUCCUCGUCAAGGUCGUCGAGGGUGGAACCCACAUCAAGGUCACCAAGCCCGAGCCCAAGGUCAAGGAGAACAAGGACGGUGACGACGACGACGACGACGACGACGAUUCCGACUUCGACUCGGACGACGAGGAUGAGGAGAAGCGCGAGAAGGAGUGGACCAUUGGCAAUCUGCUCGCCGAGGCUGCCGUCCGAGGCGUCAAGAAGAAUGGAAAGGUCGAGGUCACGAUUAACGUCCAGGCCGACCUGAGUGUCACCAUCACCACGCGCGAGGUUGGCGCCAAGACUGGCAUCCGUGGCACUCUGGAAGGUCAGUAA